AAAAUAUCUUUUGUAGGAAAGCAAGCAGAUGAUGAUGUAGCUUUAACACACCAGCAAUGAAUGCUCCGCAAUGGUGAAAUACUAGGUGUGAGGGUAGUACAUAGAUUAAAAGAAGAAAAGGUCCACCGCCACCUGCGCUGUUGUGAGUAACAAAUUAAUACAUAACUUGAUACACCACGACGAAAACAACGACAAGCCGCCCAAAAGUGCCAGUUGCAUUCGCCUGUGCGUUCGGCAUUGGUACGUGGAAACGCAAACGGCCGGUCACCUGGGUGAAGGUAAUUGGUUUCUACUUCUGCAGUCGCUAGUGCUGCGAAAGGCGGGGGUUUCAAAAUGUCGUCGACGAAGGACAAAGAGUCUGGCGGCCACCAGAACAACAGCACCAUCAGUCACAAGGAAAAAGACCACCACGGUAGCAGCGGCAGCAGCAAAAGCAAAUACAGCAGCUACAAAAAGGAGCAAAGCUGGUCUUCCUGGACGAAGGUAGACAAGGAGCACAGUGGGGCGGGAAGUGGGAAGCACGACAACUCCUUGUGGCACCACUACGGUGGAGGAGGAGGAAGUGGCAAUAGUAGUGGCUCGUCUUCUUCCUCCUCGGGGCAUCAUCAAGGCACCAGUAGUUCCACUUCAUACAAAGAGAAUAAUAAGGACAAGAGCCACAAGACCUCCAAGCUUGCUUCGCCGGCGAUAGUUGCAUCCAACUCUAAGAGGUUGAAUAGUAAAGAAAUGUCCUCUGCUAGUGGGAGUUCCUCUGGCGCGGCGGCGGCUUCAGCGACCUCGGGAGGCGGAGGCUCGGCGGAGCUGCAGCAGGGAAGCGCCACCACGAGUAAGGGAUCUACAGCCUCCUCUGCGCCGUCGCCCACCGAGACGUCGAAACCGCAGCGCAAGAGCUACGCCGCAGUGGCAAAUGCGGCGAACGCGAAAUCCAACAAUAAAAGCGCGGGGCAAAACCAGAAACCAGGAAGUCUCGGCCACAGCGGCGCUUCGCAGCACAAUUUUCACAGCAGCUCAAAAUCUUCUGCUAGUGGCGGUGGUGGGAAUGGAAACACAAGCGCAAACAGUGGUUCGCUUUCCUCGACAGGCGUGAAUAAGAACACGACCCCCGGUUCGCAGCUCGUAGAAGAUAUGAACGCCAAAGGAGCAGCGUUGCUGGGAAACAGCGGCAGGAGCAGUGGCGAAAGUCCGACCACUGAGCACCACAGCCGGUCGAGCAUUUCUUCGCAGUUGCAAGCGAAUGCCCGACACAGCAGCACCUCUGCCGCCUCUACCAGAGCGGGCGGAAGCAGCUCGAGCAGCGCCGCUUCGUCCUCCUCGACCGCCACGAAUAGCAGCUCGACGCGAGGAGGGUUGCAUGAAUCAGAGUCGGGAAAUAAUCUCAGUAGCAUGCCCACAUCGUCCACCUCAACCUCGCGCGACAGUUGGAAGCUUGUGGCCACUACUUGGAAGCCGACCCUGGGCAUAAAAUCCUGGCGGCAGAACACCAGCUCGGAGUCGUCAUCCAAACGAAGUGGUAACAUCAACGCUGGUUCCUCGUCGAGUAGCUCCACGUGCAGCGGUGGGCCCGGCGUCGGGAAGAGCGCGACACCAACAAUAGGAGCAGCACCUUCCGGGUGGCUGUCGGCAAACAGCGGUGACAACUGUGGAGCUAGUUCUACCACGGGCACGGGUACGAGCAAAGCCGGCACCGGGAAGAGUGCCAGUUCGAGCAAGCACACAACUUCUGUGGACCAGAGUACAACUAGAGCUGCUAGCGCGUACAACAAGCACAGCAGUGUUGAGUUCUCCGACGCCACACAACAUGUGCUGGACUCGAAGUCCUCCUCAGAUCAUGUCGUUGACCCACGACCCGGAUCUUCUACAUCUGCGGCAACUACUGGCGCGAGCGGUGGCUCCGCAGACCUGACAGCUUCAUCUCAGCCGACAUUGCAGAAAUCCUCGAGUUUUGGUAGUGACGAGCAAAACAAAAUGCCGAUGAAGAUGAACAACUACGAGCAGGCCGACAAUUAUUUUGUGGCGAACGAGUUGACGCGAACGCCGCAAAGAGCGCCACCGCCACUUCCCAAGGGGGCGAGCCACCCCACGACGAGCGCGGAUCUGCAGAAUGCACACGAGCCUCAGCUCCUAGACGAUCACCGCGAUUACGUGGAGAAAAAGAGAAUGAAGCAUCGCGGAGCUCCUGAUGACGAGAUCGUUCCUAUUGCAGAUCUGGCAACAAGGGGGCUGCAGAAGAUCGAUUUGAACGGGGACCCGCGGAACGAUGUCAGGGAUGUGGGACCACAGGAGGUGGAACCCGCACUAGUAGAGAACAACCGGCGAGCGAGAGGUGGGACGAACGCUAGCAAUGGUGUUGCGCCGCCGUUUUCUACUUUCAACAUCGUUGAGCAAGAAGGACGACCACGUCAGUCUGAGACAGACGAUCUAGACGUGCUGUGUACGGAUCUCAACGCCGAGCAAAAGAAAGACGAUGAGGAUGUUGACCACCACGGCCGAGACCGAUUCCGCAACAGUAUCGACCUCAAUAUGCCCAUACCCGGGAGCACGACCAGCGCCACGAGUUCCAGUUCCAGUUUCAUGCAUGGCAUGAACUACAACUCGUACGGUGGCAAGAGCAUGUACGGGGACCGGAAGGGCGGCAAGUACGCAAGCGGUUUUUACAACAGCUCUGGGAAACACGGAGACCAGCAGCACUUCGCUGCUGGUUCCGCGCACAAAGGGGGUCGCUAUCACCGCUCCUCGUCCGACUUCAACGAUGAGCAGCAUCCCGACUACGGUCAGCGGUAUCCCGGAUCGGUCGGAAAGUACGGUUCGAAAGGAAAUAAGGGUAGUUCUUUGCGUCCCCCUCAUAAUCGCGGCGGCCACAAUGACGACUUCGGCGGUACGCGGGCAUUCAGCAACAACUUCCGACCGCGUGACGGUUACGGUUUGCAAGACAACGGUCGCUCUUCCAGCAAAGGCGGCUUCAGCAAUAGUCGCGGCAUGAUGCCGGAACAUGUGGGUUUUAAUAGUGGCGGUGGAAGUAAAGGCGGCUCGUGGAUGAACCGGUCCUCAACCUACCACGACGACCGCGGUAUCGGCAGUUGGAAUGCCAAUCAUGGGCCACGAGACUACAACGACUACAGCAUGCAUUCGCGCGAUCACUCGCGCAGCGGAGGAAAUGGGCACGGUAACAACAUGAUGCGCGGUGGAGCUGGCGGGGGCGGGUACAACAGCGGACGAGGCAGUUUCAUGAGCAAUGGAGGUGGUUCGUACAACAUGAACGCGCAUUCGUACAACAACUUCCAAGGCGGGGGCCGCUCGUAUGGGAACAAUGGGAUGGGCGGCGGUGGGGAGGGCGCAGCAGCGGAUGGACCUGCAUGUGGAUUUACGCAGGACAGCAUUAACAAGAUCUUCGCCGCUUUCGACGAGAAACCACCGCCCGCCGCCACCGAAGAUGAACCACUGCUGCCGGUAGUGGAUCAGCAGCGAGCGGACCAACUACAACAGUCGUCCGGGCAGCAAGGCAUUGUUCUGGACCAACUGCAGAAUCAUGGUAUGUCGCCUUCGUUGGACCACCAGAUGAAUCUAAAUCUACCGCAACUGCCCGGCAGUGUUUCCGCUGCAGGAACGGCGGGCUCGGUCGGAGGCGGAACCACUUCUGCUGCGCAGCCGUCCUUGCAGCAGACGCCAACGCUCAGCGUUGGGCAAGGCGGUGGUGCUCCCGUCGUGCUGGGGCCGCAGCAACAGCUGUCCUCGCUUCCCAACUCCGCGAGCAACCCAUCGCUGCAGCAGUUGCAGAUGAUCAACGCGCCUCCACUCCCCGCAGCCGUGCCGGGCGCCAACGGUGCUACAACAAUCCCUGGCAAUAGCACGGGUUUGCCAUUCAAUCCAAAUGCGCGUGUGAUGCAGCACAACGGUGGCGGGUCCAGCGGGUCGUGUCAACAGCCAAUCACCCGUCCGUCCUCCUCCUCGGGGACGAACCCCGGCGCCGUGGCCUUUGUGCCUAUGGGCGGAAGCGUUCAAUUUGGUGGCUCUAGUUCGUCGACGAGCAUGCUCAAUAGUUCUUUGAACGCGACGCCAAGUAACCUCGCUCUGAACACCGGCGUCGUGGCUACGGGAGGAGGACUCAACGUGAACAAUCCUCCGCUCAUCAAUCCAAAUCUUCCACCGAUUCCGCAGAAUAAUUUGCAGCCGGGGGGGAUGCAACCGCAGGGAGCGGAUGGCUUCAAUCUUCCCGGCGGAGGGCCUCAACAGCAAGCUAAUCUGUUUUUGGGCGGCGCUGGAAUGCAGCUACCGGGCGGCGCCUUGCCUGGCGUCCCUCCUUCCUGCAGCACCAUCCUGGACGGAGUUCAACAGCAGAUGCAGUUGCAGUCCCAAGGACAGCUUAACCCGCAACAGCGUGCGAUCUUGGCGAACCAGUAUCUCAACGGCGGGCUACUAUCUCCAUCGGCGCAGCAGGUGGCUGCAAACGCGAUGGCAGCGGUGAGUGUGGCUGAGCAGCAGCAGCUGCUCGUUAGCAGCAUGCUACAGCAAAUCGGUUCGAGUGCCGGAGGAAUCAAUGCGGCGCAGCAAAUAAGCACCAACGUCGUGGUCCCACAUCCGAAUCCCGUGGAUUUGGUGAAUCCUCAGCUAUUGAACGCCGGAUUUCCACCGGUGCAGCAGCUUCCACGACCAGAAGACGCACAACAGCUCGACAGCGGAGCAGGUUCAGGCAUGCCUAAUAUGCUGCAACAAGGACCUCCACCAGCACCCAUGAACCUGAACAAUCCAUCCGCAAGUGCCUCCCAGCCUUUACAACCAGUGCCACCACAGAUGAAUGCGACUUCCAAUAAUUUGACGAUGAAUAUGUCUGGUAUCGUACCCGGCGGCCUUCCCCUCCCGGCGGGUGCGGGCGGUCCGCCGCCGGUUGCCAGUGGUCUUGAUCCUGCGGCUGCGGUUCAGCAGAUGCAACGCGAUCAGCAGGCUCAGGAGGCGUACCUACGCGCACAACAGGUAGCCAUAAACGCACGGAAUUUGGCGGAGUUGCGGCAUAGUCCACACAAAAGAGGACAGUGGGGCGCAGGCUCCUCCGGCGGAAAGGACUCUUGGGGUGGAGGCUCAGGCAAAGGUAGGGACGAGUUUGUGAUAUUACCCUGAAGAGAGUUUUACUUUGGAAUGAAUUUUUUAGCCGAGGAUCUUGAUGAGCAUGCAGUGAGUUGUGCUUGUGACUCAAGCGUUUGUUUUGAAUCCGGCGUUAUAUUGCACGUAUUACAGGAUACCGUGGCAACAGCGGGCACUACAGUGCCAGCAAUCGUGGAAGUCGUGCGCCCUCCUGGCACUCGAUGCAGAUGAUCCAGCAGCAAAGUUUCAACCCGCCUCCACUACCCGCCCCGGGCAGUUCGGUGAACCUGGUUCAUGGCGGAAUGACUUCCGCUUCCGCCGGUCCGAGUGCUGCGCCGCCAUCUGGCCCGGCAAACCCCCGUAGCGCGGACGAAGCACAAAGCGAGAAACGGUUUCCCUGGGACAUGUACGAUGCCGAAAUGAAGCCCGUGUACAACAAACUGGUAGAGUUUGUGAAUACCACCGUGAAGCCAGAGAACGAAAAAGAAAGCAGCAACUCAUCGUCCUCCGGUAGUGGGGGAAAUACUACGACCAGUGCCUCCUCUGGCAAGAAGACGCAAAAGGCGCGGUGCAAGGAGUCGCUUUCCGCACUUGGUAAGAUUGCGGAGCAGACCUUCUGCCGGCGGAGUAGCGAGUACGCCAAGCGCAUUUGUGCAAAGUACGAGCACCACACACGGGCGAUCACUUGCCAGCCGUUUGGAAGUUUCGUACAAGGAACCCAUGUGCGUCUGUCAGAUUUGGAUGUUGCCGUGUGCUUCGAAAUGCUACCCCGCAGCUCGGCGUCGUCGGAAAACAUUCCCGAGAUUGAUCACCACGAGUUCCAACGGGAAGUGCUCUGCAUGCUGGAAAACCUGUUCAAGACGGACGAGAAACUCCUGCCGCAGUGGCGCGUUCAGGAUUGCUUGCCUCUGGUACUGCAACUACAGCAUUCGAUGAAAUGAUAUGAGCAAGAGGGCGUUUUUUCAUUUUCUCGCUGUCUGACUCUGAUGUGCUUCGCAAUCGCAUGAGCAUUUUAUUCGCAGAUUAUAUUCAGAUUGACAUUGAGGUUAAACUGUGCUGUCGAUGUCCGUCAUUAUCAUACCACACACACAGGCGGCGGUUCCAGUGCUGAAGUUGGUCUUCGAGGAGGCACUCGUGCUCGAUAUUUCCGUGAGGGUGGCUCGGUUCCGCACCGGGUCGGAUUCUCAGGUAUGAUUGCUUGAAAAUGUAGUUCUCUCGAUUCUGCAACUCACUCGGAGUGCAUCAAAGUUCAUGCCUCGCAUUAACAACUUGAAUGAUUCACAUUUGAAAGUAAUUCGCUUCCAUCGAUGGCAAAACAGUCCGCCAGCGCCGCGGAGUUUGAAGCGUUGAAUAUCAACCUGGGAGCGGACUCGCCAAUUCAUCCGAUCAUCUUCCAGCUUUCUUCUGACCAGGAAUUGGAAGACGUGCGCCGAGAAGCCGACGAAACAGCCUCGCAGAUGGAGGGCGAGACGUCCUCCGUGAUGACGAGCACGAAAACUAGCAGUGUGAAACUGGUCGAGGAGGUGGACUCGGGUUCAAGUAGGACAUGCUCUAAGGACGACGAGGAAGCAGAUCUUAGGGAACGAGUCGCGAGGACGAAGAACAAUAAAACGGGCCCUGUGGAAUUGGCCUCCCUGGGCGCCGGCGGGACGGAGCCAAGCAACUUAAGUAGUCCCACAUCUACUCCGGCCGUACGGGAGCGACCCGAGCAGUCUGGUGCGGAGCCGCAGCAGGGAAAUAUCAAAACCUCUACUAGUGUCGAACAGGCGCCGGAAGUGAGACAAGACUCGCAUGCCACUUCGUGCUCCAGUGCGAGUUCUGCUUCCGCCGAGGAGGAAUUGGCCGCGUCGGAGAAGAUGCAUUUGCAGAUCGGCACUCAGAUGAUCGAAAACGACUUGGAAUUGUCCAACUUUUCGCAGACGAAAUCCACAGCAACCGGCUCGAAGGACUGCAGUUUGAAAAGCUGCGGAGGACAGCAGGAACUAAUCAGCGACGCCGAGGGUUGUAGGGCGGACGAGAAGAUCGACGGGAGCGCGACAAACUCCUCGAGCACAAGCAGCAAACUCAACCUAAACUACGAAGCCGGAUCCGCAACGGCCACUGCUGGAGGGACGAGCACCAAUCCGACGACUCCUGGUACGUUCUUGCUGCGGAGCGAUAGACGUAGACUGAUCUAAUAAAUAAAGUCAAAGCUGCUCCUCGGGCCAUCACCAUCUGCUCCACUGCAGGGAUGACCGUGGCAUACUAGCAAAGUUGCGAAUCGGCUUGUAAAUACUGUUACUGCUCUAUCAAUGAAAAACAAAUAUGCCCUUCCGGCGCUUGGCAAUCGAUUAACCAAACUACAGCGUUUCGUGCGACGAUUCAGAAACAGUCGCAGGCACUUCUCCUAAGCUCCACGGCACUGGUGAAGAAGAGGGACCAGAUGAUUCGGGAACAGUUUUGGCAUACGGCUUCGGUGGUGAAAACUACCGUAUACGCGGUCAAGCACUGGUCCAAGUGCGAAGGCCUGAACUGCACCUACAAAGGCGGUCUCAACAGCUUGUCGUGGCUUUUGCUGGUAAAUUAUCCAGCCGAGAUAAAGCGAUUUUGUUUUAUUCUUUUCUUUGAUAUGUUCAUCUUCAUGUUGACACACAAGUGGAGGACAUCACCCGGUCACGUCAUAACGAAUGCUGCGGGCGUGGCUUUGAUGCGUCUUUGCAAAUCCAAUAUCUCUAGGUUUUUGCGCAUUACAAAAGUACGCACCCGCACCUGUUGCACGUUGGUGCGGAAUCGCCGGAACCGCCCACGCAUCACAUUCCGAAGCACAUCGCUAACUUCUACUUCUGGCUGUCCAACUUGACGGACCAAAACCAGACUGUUCACAUUGACAUGGAGCACAUUGUUCGCUGCUAUCCGCGGGGGCAGCAGGACCAGGCGGAAGUGCUGUACAUCGAGGACCCCAUGGCUAAAUUCAACAUCUUUAACAACACAGCCCAAAACUUGCUGCCACAUGUAUGACUUUUUUUCUUUGUUCUCCUAAUAUCAAUAAGCAACGCAAAUGAAAUUCAGCUCCAGCUGUUGAUUCAAAUGAUAAUGAAUGCAUAUGCAGACGAAAACGAAAAAUUUCAUGGUAAUGGAAAUGGUUGCUCCCCUUCAGGUUUGGAAGCAGAUCGGGGAAAAAGCACAAGCUGAAAUUUGGCGCUUCACUCCGGAGCGCAUUCAAGAGGUCUGUCGUAAUCCGUCGCUUGAUGACCUGAAGAGAAUUGAAGCCAGCAUUCCGUAAAUGGCUUAAGUAACUUAGUUGUUGUAUCCAGCGCUAGCGAUUCUACUAUCUAGCGCUAGCGCCUUUCGUAGAACAGUAAAUCAAAUAAAAGUCGUGCUUUUGCUGCACCACGCAGCACUUGCUGCAGCUUCAUCCGCGUAAUUCAACCAUAAAUCUAAACCUCGCAGUGCAGAGAAGUUUGUCGAUUGGGGAUCAUGCCGAAGAGCAGCCUCCCGACACACUUCAUGCAGCGAACCAAGUCAACUCCAAAGUAAAAAUCGUUCUGCUAUCAUUUUUUCGAGCUAUGAAAAUUGAAUUCGUAAGUGCUUUCUGUGUACGUGUACCUCUUUCUUGCCUUGCAUGCAAUGCUGUACUGUAGAAAACUUAAACUUCCCCUAGAUGUCUAUCGAUAUCACCUCGAUCUGCCAGUUUCUGGCUGCGCAGUUACUGACAGACGUUUUCCCGUCAUAUUUAUCAAAUUUGACGCCCACCACUGGAGUGCGCGCCCACAAUUAUUUGAGGGUCGCGCUUUGACUUGAGCUCCUAAUUCAAUCAAUGCACAAGUUACUCUAGUAUGGUUGUGCGUGGAGCCAUCAUGAUAAAUUUCCAUAUAUUGAGCCACUCCAGAGGACCAAAAGCAAGUCCGUAUCCCGCUUGUAAUCGUUUGUAUCUUCAUAAUUGUAAAUUAAUAUGAAAAGUGCACACAACUUUUCACUUUAUUCGUGCACGCUUUAUCUCGCACCCGCGGAGACAAGGCAAGGGCAACACCCGUAUCGCCGCCAUCUAUCGGGCUGCGUGCUGUUUUCGACCUCUUCCCUUUUCGCGUGUGCUUUGCGCUGCGGGGACUACAUUGCGUUGCAGGCUGGCGACACUUCCGACUGAGCAGCGACAAUGAGCGUGUGCAGAAAUCCGGAGACGCCAAUGCUUGCUGCGCAAUUUGAAUCCGCAGCGAAAAAUGAGCUGUCGCGACUGUACACUUUGAGCUUGUAGUUCCGCUUUACUCAGGAGCAUAUAUAUAUCGCUACAAAACUCGUUUUGCACUCAAAAAAUACAAAAAUACGCACGAUAAGUGUUUACAUCGGGCUGAAGUAAUAAAGCUUCUCUUCUAUUCUUAUGUUGUACCAAAGACAGCUGCGCUUCAUCAUUCUUUGUACCUACCUCUUCAUUCUUACGCAGAUCUUCUAGACUUUUCUACCGAUUCCUUAUUACUCAUACGAGAAAUUCUGCUAGAAUUAGAAAACACACUAUCAAAACGAACGAAAACGCGAGUUCGGCACGGUGCAAGGCCUAAGUUUGCUUUGUCUGGGUGAUCUCGCACGGGAAAAUUGUUGCUUGCAGGGGAUAUGAAAGCUUGUAUUGGCAACUUUUGGAAAUGGACGAAAGGGCUAGCUAGCUCGUGUUGUGCCUUCAUCGCAGUCGUCCUUCAAAGAUCUUUGCGUGACGGCGAGCUUUUGCAACAGAGCUAUGAGGAAUUCGAGAACACAUCGUCGAACACGAACAGAAGUUAAUCCG